AUGAAUGUUCACCUAUUUGGCUGGUCUUCAUCACUGAGUUGCUCAAACUUCGUGUCGCAGAAAGAUGCCAAUGACGUAGAGAAGAUUGUUGGUGCAGAUACUGCUGAUGUUCUGAAGAGUUUCUAUGUCAACAAUUGUCUUUGUUCAGAAGAGUCAGUAGACUUAGCUGUCGAAAGAAUGCAUGGUGUUCACUGUGCUUGUGCAUAUGGAGGGUUCAAUUUGGCCAAGUUCCUCAGUAACAAUAAGGUCGUUCUUGAAAGUAUUCCAGAAGAAGCAUGUGCCCAUGGAGUGAGAUCAUUGGAACUAGGCAACAACUAUUAUCGAAUCAAGAGGGCCCUUAGCAUUCAGUGGGGGAUCGAGUCUGACAUGUCCAGUUUCAGAAUCAACAUAAAAGAACAACUGCUAACACUAAGAGGGAUUUUGUCCAACAUAUCUUCUAUCUACAACCCCCUAGGAAUAGCUGCACCUUUUCUGUUGGUGGGAAAGAAGAUAUAG